GACACGGCAGGUUUGUACGCGAACGUAUACCAGUUUACCAACACUAACAUAAAAGAGGAUAGCGGCUGGCCCUCUUUCAGUCUGCCUCAGAUUCUCGCCGCAACAGAACGCUACGCGUGUAGAAUAAAAAUAAAUACGUUCUAUACUUUAUCUCGAGAUAAAUUUCGAAAUAAGUAUUCAGUGAAAUAUAAAUCUCAAUACCCCAGGGAAAUAGGGUAGCGGGUCGUCUAAAUCUGAAAAUUUGUGCAUACGUUAACCUUUAUUGAAAUAUAAGGACGUUCGGGCAGACGAAGCAAGAUGUUGAAACUAGGCGUAAUAUUGUGCCUGGCUAUAUCGUCAACAGUAAACAGCCAGUGUUUCUACAAAGAUGAUACAUCUAAGAAACUUAAUCCCGACGCCCGCACAAUGUUAUACAGAAACCAAUUGGAGUUCACUUUGAAUCUCUUCGAUACUAUAAACCACGCAGUUCCCGAGGAUAACAUAUUCUUUUCUCCAUUUUCUGUAUAUCAUGCAUUACUUCUUGGAUAUUUCGCCGCUGGUGGAGAAACAGAAAAAGCUUUGAAGCAAUCAUUACGUAUUUCCGACGCACAGGACAAGGUGAACUUGCUGAUGGCAUACAAAGUGGAUAAGAGGUCGCGUGCUGUAAACAACAACAGUGACAGCUAUGAGUUCACGAACGCCAACAAAAUGUUCGUGGACUCGGAGCUGCAAGUGCGUGACUGCCUGCUUAACCUGCUCUCUGGCGAAGUGGAUGCACUGAAUUUCCACCAAAACCCGCAAGAGGCACGCCAGCAGAUCAACAACUGGGUAGCCCAGGUUACAAAGAAUAACAUAAAGGACCUGAUUCCAGCAUAUGGUGUUUCUAAUUCUACUAAGCUAGUCCUAGCCAAUGCAGCUUACUUCAAAGGAGUAUGGUCCUCUAAAUUCCCUGUAGAGAGGACGAAGAAACAAGUGUUCUUUGUGUCUGAAACUCGGCAGACCCUGGUUCCUUUUAUGAGGCAAAAAGGGACAUUCCAUUAUAUGGUGAGUGACGAAUUAGGAGCCCAGAUCCUUGAGUUGCCGUACAAGGGCAAUGACAUCAGCAUGUACAUCCUACUUCCACCAUACUCGAUGAAAGAAGGAGUAUCAAACAUCAUCAAAAACUUAACCCCAGAGCGUCUUGCCGCAGUGGUUGAAGAAGGAUACAUGGGCAGAGAAGUGGUUGUCGAAAUCCCUAAGUUCACAAUUGAGAGAAGUUUACCACUUAGACCGAUUUUGGAGACCAUGGGUGUGGGUGAUUUGUUCAAGGCAUCCUCCAACUUUAGCACUUUGUCGGACGACAAUGGCAUUAUUUUCGAUGAUGCUGUUCAUAAAGCCAAAAUACAAAUCGACGAAGAAGGAACGGUAGCAGCAGCUGCCACAGCGAUCUUUGGAUUCCGAUCAUCGCGUCCUGCAGAGCCCACAGUCUUCAUCGCCAACUUCCCCUUUGUCUACAUUAUAUACGAGCGACCCACCAACUCAGUACUCUUCAUGGGAGUAUACAGGGACCCCAAGAAGUAAACAGUAAUAAUAGGUUUAAUCCAUUAAUUGUAACUUUUCUUAUAUAAUAAAAAUCUUUUCAUUACUUUUGUGUGCGAAGUGUGUUUUAAAAAUAUAUAAGAAAAACCACUGGUUUUUGUUUUCUAUUUUUAAUAAAUAAAAACAUAUAUCAUGAAAAGAUAUUGUUUAUAUAACAGGUAAGAUAGAAAUGGACUUAAUCAUAAGAACUCAUGCUAAAGUGAACAUACAGCUUCAGUUAACCCCCGUAGUUUAUAGUAUCAACAGUGAAGCUGUCUUACAAAAUUGGUAACUAUUCAUAAUAUUUUAACUUUGCCCUGUGGAUUUAUCGCUUUAACUAUGGGACGUAACAAACAUAACUUUAUACAAAUUGUCUCAGAAAUCAACGAAAAGCCAGAAACAAAUUAUAGGCCAAGUCGUGACAGUUUAAAUCAAAAAAUAGUAAAGAAUAUUGGAAAUGAUCAUUUUGAAUUUUAAAAAAUAAUCCUGAAAAUCUGUCUCCCUGUGAGAAUCUUAAUUCUUGAGAUUAUAAUUAGAACAUCACUGAGUGGUAAUUUGUUUUUAUACAGGUACUCCAUAUUACCUGUAUUAUUAAUAAUGUCGCAAACGAAUUCCUUAGAAAAUAAAAAAAAGUAAUGUGUGAAACUGUUGAAGAGAGACGGGAAUUUUGAGUGGAAAAUUCGUUUGGCCUUGCUUCGUAAACUGGCGUAGUCACUAUGACUAAGGAUUUUGCUUCCUAAUUUGUUUUGUCUUUUUGCAGUUUAAAAUUCGCACGAAGUUUGUUGUCUCGUUAAAAUGUGGGUUCUUUUCCGCAUACUUGAUUAUGUUUGAUCUUAUACGAUACGCUAACUGCAUACAAUUUCUAACAGGAAUCCAAGUGAUUUUGACAUUUUAAAAUUUCUUCUUACGUACUUGGGAACACACAUGAUACGACUUUUCGAUAAUCAUGAUUUAAGCAGUUGGUCGCAAAGAGGAUACAUAUAUUACGGAGUACAUAACCACUAUGACAACAUAAUGGUUGUGUACUCUUUUGUCGUAUGUAAAAGUCACUCAAUAUUAUAGAUAUUUGUAUACCGCAGAUCAAGUAUUAAGAUUUAAUCAGAUGUCGAUUAAUUAAUAUUUUAAUUUAUUUAUUUUCUUAAUUUAAUAAGUAGGUAGUUAGUAUAAGACGCGUUUAUGUUAAGUUUAAUUUAUAGAUACUAUUCUCUACGCCUACAAUAUGUUUAAUCAUGUCAUAACUGUAUUAAUUUAAUUUUAUACCGAAUGAGAAAUACAAUUUUACAAACAGA